GCCAGUGUUUGUCCCCGCACGAUCGCAGAAGAAAAAACCACCAGACUCACCAUCAUUUCUGCAUUUGUUCUUCUGCAUUUGGUCAUUUCUCAUCACAAACAGAAGUUCUCAUGGACAGACGAACCCCCUACACUUUGAGCGUUCUCGCUCCUAGCCAGGAUGGUGCCGAUGAAUCUCGUGUCGCCAUCCAGGCUCGGCUUCGAGAAUUCAUUCUCGCUUUCCAGCUCGACAAUUCUUUCAUUUACAGAGAUCAAUUACGGCAAAAUGUCCUGAUCAAACAAUACUAUUGCGAUGUGGACAUUGCGCACUUAAUAUCAUACAAUGAGGAGCUUGCUCACAAGCUGACGACAGAACCAGGUGACAUUAUUCCAUUGUUUGAGGGAGCACUAAGACAAUGUACCCAACACAUCGUGUACCCUUCUCAAAAAGAAAUAUCCCUUCCUCCGCACCAACUUCUCCUCCAUUCAAGUGCCUCCCAUAUCUCUAUUCGCGACCUUAACGCUACAAAUAUUUCCCAUCUUGUUAGAAUACCGGGUAUCGUGAUCGGCGCAUCUACCAUCUCCUCGAAAGCCACAGUUAUCAGCAUCCGUUGCAAGAAUUGUGAUUUUGUGGAUUAUAUCUCCGUUGACAGUGGAUUUUCCGGCUUGACACUGCCCAGAGUUUGCGGUCGCAAACGAGAUCCAAAGGAAGAUCAGUCUGACAAAUGCCCCUUGGAUCCUUACGUGAUUGCUCACGAGAAAUGCGACUUCGUCGAUCAACAAGUUCUCAAGCUACAGGAAGCUCCGGAUCAGGUUCCUGUAGGUGAAUUGCCUCGACAUGUUCUUAUCUCUGCCGAUCGGUAUUUAGCCAAUCGAGUUGUACCUGGAUCGCGUUGCACGGUUAUGGGUAUCUUCUCGAUCUACCAAGCCAAGGGCGGUGCCAAAGGAGCUGCAGUGGCAAUUCGCAACCCAUAUCUGCGUGCCGUUGGAAUUAGUAGCGACAUCGAUCAUACAGCCAAGGGAGCAGCCACCUUCACUGAAGAAGAGGAGCAAGAAUUUCUGGAAAUGAGCCGUCGGCCCGAUUUGUAUGACGCUUUAGCUCGAAGCAUUGCACCGUCGAUUUAUGGUAACCUCGACAUCAAGAAGGCUAUUGUUUGUCUGCUGAUGGGCGGCUCCAAGAAAAUUCUUCCUGACGGCAUUAAGCUACGUGGAGAUAUCAACGUGUUGUUGCUAGGUGAUCCUGGUACUGCCAAGUCCCAGCUGCUCAAAUUUGUCGAAAAAGCGUCUCCAAUUGCAAUCUACACUUCCGGAAAGGGCUCAUCUGCUGCCGGUCUCACAGCUUCUGUCCAAAGGGACCACAACACUCGCGAAUUUUACCUUGAGGGAGGUGCAAUGGUUCUCGCCGACGGCGGUGUUGUUUGUAUUGACGAGUUCGAUAAAAUGAGAGACGAAGACCGAGUUGCCAUUCACGAAGCCAUGGAGCAACAGACUAUUUCGAUUGCCAAAGCUGGUAUCACAACCAUUCUCAACUCAAGAACAUCCGUCCUUGCUGCUGCAAAUCCCACUUUUGGCCGUUAUGAUGAUCUGAAGUCACCAGGAGAAAACAUUGAUUUCCAGACCACCAUUCUAUCACGUUUCGACAUGAUCUUCAUUGUCCGUGACGAUCAUGACCGCACCCGUGACGAACGCAUAGCGCGACAUGUUAUGGGUAUUCACAUGGGCGGCAAGGGUCUUGACGAGUACACCGAAGCUGAAGUUCCUGUAGAGAAGAUGAAACGCUAUAUCAGCUACUGCAAAUCACGAUGCGCCCCUCAACUGUCCGAGGAAGCUGCAGAUAAACUCUCCUCACACUUCGUCUCCAUUCGCAAGCAAGUCCACCGUGCUGAGCUCGAUGCUAAUGCUCGGUCAUCCAUCCCAAUUACCGUUCGUCAACUCGAAGCCAUCGUGCGAAUCACUGAAUCUCUUGCUAAGCUCACUCUGUCUCCAAUCGCUACUACCACGCACGUUGACGAAGCUAUCCGGUUGUUCCUUGCAUCAACCAUGGAUGCAGUAACUCAAGGCGAGAAACAAGGAAGCAAAGAGCUAAUGGAAGAAGUUGCCAAGGUUGAAGAUGAACUCAAACGCCGCCUACCAAUCGGCUGGUCCACCAGUCUUGCCAACCUCCGCCGUGAGUUCGUGGACGGACGUGGAUACAGCGAGCAAGCUCUUAACCGCGCUCUGCUUGUGCUCCAGCGGAGAGACACUAUUCACAUCCGCUCGGGUGGAUCGCAAAUCUACCGAAACGGAGUAUAGAAACACAUCUUGUGUAGUCUAUGAUGUGACGAUGUAUAAUUUAUGGGCUUCUCGAUGUUCAAGGCAUAUAUGGCUGCGGGAUGGCGUAUGGAGUUUAGUUGUAUUCUCAUUCUAGGUAGAAUAUCUUCUUAAUACCCAAUUUGGAGACCAAAUAUCUUCCCUUCCAGAUGCAUCCCUAAUUUCAUAUUUAGAUUUUUACCUAUCACAUACCUAGCUAUGUGAGGGAUCAUGUUGAUUCCUAAUUACGAUUAGUGUAACCCCUCAAACUCACUGCCUCAGGGCACUCUGGAC